GGGGUAAUAUUUUAUUCAUAUUUGCUGAGCAGUUCAUAAAGAAUGAUAAAGAAAGUUGCAAAUUACUUCUUUUAAAUAUAGAUGUUAGGCCUUCAUCGCAAUAGGUUAACACAACCACAUGAAUUAAAUAUAUUUAUAUUUUUAAAUAAUUUAUCUGUUUCCAGCUAAGGAUAAGAGUUAUGUUUGCUUUUGGUGCCUUACUAACCUCACAAGAAAGGUGAUAGAAAUACACUGACGUUACAAAAUCUAAAAUAUAACUUUAAGUCAACGUGAUACCAGUAUGACCUUCAUGUUUUCCUCUUUGACAUUAUAAGUUCUGCACUGCUGUGAGGGACUGGCAACCUUUCCAGGACAAAACCUGCUUCUCACCCGAUGACCACAGGACACCGGCACCUGCACCUUUAUGACCCUGCAAAGACAAGUUACUAGAAACAAUGGAUGAAUCUAUGGAAAUAAAAAAAAACUUGGUUGUCAAACGCAAAUCAAACAAUGUAAUCUGAACAAAAUCUAUCUUGUGUCUUACACCAGCUUUCCAUGUGAUGUUGUUAAAAAUGUCUGACAUAUGUAAUUAUUACUUAGACCAUUUCCAGACACGUCUAUAUUUAGCAACUACAUUAAAAAAUAUAGUAAAAAUUACAUUGUUACUUCACUGUCAAGUUGAUGAGCGCUUGACUUGAAUUUGUGGUAUUUUUGUAACUGAAUCUGUGGUGCCAUCUGCUGGUCUUUGAUAUGAAAUGCACUCCAGAGAGGGAAGUGUUAGGAAGUGUUAUGUUCACAUUGCCUCAUUUAAUAUUUGUAUUCAAAGCUAUAAGUUCAGUAACAUUUUAUGAUAACAUAAUAAAUAUUUAAACCAUUGUUGACUAUCACAUUACUCUGUUUUCAUCACAGACAGUUAAACACUCAGUCAUCACUGUUUUGCAUUGAUUUUAUAUUGUUAAUGUGAUUUAUUUGCUUCUUUACUUGCUUUUAAGUCAAAACAGAGCAUUUACCACUUAAAUGAAAAUUUUGAAAGUGUGCUCAUAUAUGAUUCAUUAAAACUAAUUUUAAUUUAAGUGCUUCUUAAUCAGUGUCACUUGGUUCUAGACAUCAGACCCCCAACAUAGCAUGCGAUUAAUGUUUCCAACACACCUGAUUCAAAUGAGUGUCUAUUUGCAAGGUGAAAAUAUGAGCUAAUCCCCCAGAAAAUCAUCUGAAUCUCACAGAACGGAAAUUUUUAAGAGGGAGAAGACCCAUGAACCUGAACAUAGUCUGAAGAUCAUUUUUGAAAGUGUGCUCACAUCUGAUUUAUGAAAGUUUGAGAAUAUAAUUCAGCUCAGUCUGAAAACAGCUGAAGUAACAUUUUCAUUAUCCAAGUUUGGCUUGAAUCAAGCUUUGAAUCAUAGCUGAAGAAAAAUCUGUUGUGAUUUCUUUAUAACUUUAACUGAUAAUUCUCCCCAUAUCUAUAUUGACUCAGAUGUGCUGCAAAUAUAUCCAAGACUUACCACUGAGUGCAGCUACUCACUUGUUUUUUGCACAAAAAAAAAAUUGUAUGACCUAAUUUGAUUAUAAGUUUCUUCCAAUAAGUUCAGAACAUUAUUUACUAAUAGAUUUAUAGCACCUUUCAGUGGUCCUUGACUUUGCUAAAUUUAUGACUGAUUUAAUAAAUUCAACUUGAAGCAUUAAAUCAAGGGAUUGAUUGCUUUAUUAUCCAUCUGUGGUAGUUAAAAGUCUAUAAAACUAUACAACAAGCAGCUGGUUUCUGUUUAUAGAUUUACAGCCCAUAUUUCAGACAGCGCUUGAAUGCAGCUUCUCUAAUCCUCACUAAUCUGGAUGGAACAUCAUCACAUGAGAGCUGACAUCUGGGGACAGAUUCUCGCUUUUCUAGUAAAGACAAAAUACUGGACGGCAGUCAUUUUCUGAGGCAGAAUGACCAUUACAACUUGCCAGAAGGUUACCCUUAUAUCAUGCUCUGUUCUUUGUGUGUCUCUCUUCCUGCCCAAGAUGCUUUUACCCAGAGGAAAAAAUGAGAGGGGCCAGUCUGAGGUUGGACCUGGGUUUUACCCUCCUGGGAUGCAUCAGCUGUCAGUGUCAGACGACCCAGAGCAGUGGGAAGUGGAUUCUUCUCGCUCCCUCACACACACUGUUGAAGCCAGGGUUAAAGUUCAAAGUAUUGGGUGGGGCAAGAAAUACAACCUGAUGGCUCAAGUCAUACCCACAUAUGGCUUUGGGAUUCUGCUUUACAUCCUUUAUAUUAUGUAUAAGCUAACAUGUAAGGGAAAGGUGAAUAAAUCAGGGAUCUAUUCAACAGACAAGACAAAAACCACAUCGAACACAAGUGCUGCUGAUUAUGAGCUUGCCAGGCUUCAGGAGAAACUUCUGCAAACAGAAAUGAUGCUAGACAGGAUUGUCUCAGGGAGGAGUCAUUGUUCCUCAAGUGGCAGAAAGCGAAAGAGUAAAACUUCAACAUCAAAGAAGGAAGAAAAACUCCUGAGGCAACUCCGACAGAUCACACUGCUGAUGCAGGAGGGCCGUUUGGAGGGAGCCUCUCCCGAGAUGGAGGCUGAGGAGGUCCCCUACGGUGCAGAUUGGGAAGGCUAUCCAGAGGAGACUUAUCCAGCGUAUGAUGAUUCCUGUGAUAGACAUAAGUAUGAGACUAUUAAGCUGGAGGAGAAUCCCAGCCAACCCACUGCUGAGGCCCUUGCAGAGAGGAUGGAGCAGGAAGAGGAAGAGAUCAUGGCCAGGAAACUCUCCAUUGUGGAAGAGGAAGAUGAAGAGGAAGAGGAAAAAGGGGAAGAAGAAGAUUUAGAUGAGGAAGAAGAAGAGGAUGAAUUAGAAGAAGUUGGGGAAGUAGAAGAGGAAGCAGAAGAGGACAAAGAGCUUGAAUAUGUGGAGGAGGAAGAGGAGAGGAAACAGUUGCUCAUUCCUGCUUCUCCUGGUAUUGGCAGAAAGCAGGAAAGAGUUGGUUUGGAGGUGAGCAAAGAGUUGCAACAACACAGCGGAGGGAAGAAGCAAAUAACCUUCAGUGAGAAGAAACACGUGUUCCACUACCCCAAAGAGGAUACCUACGAGGAAGAGGAAGAAGAAGAGGAGGAGGAAACAGAGGAUGAGACAGAGGAGGAUAUAGAAGUAGAAGAGGAGGAAGAAGCAGAUGAUGAUGAUCCUCUGAUGGAGGCAGAAAGCCUGCAGUUUAGUUGUGAGGGCUCUUCAAAUCCAGAGGAACAAGCAGAGGAAGACGAAGAGGAGUAUUUGUUAACUUUGGGACCAAUGGAAGAUGAACAUCUGAUUCAAGCAGACGUCCCAAAAGAGGUCGGACCGAAUGUCCUGAGGAUGAGAAACAGAAGAGAAAGAGAAAGUUUUACAGCAACCUAAUUCUGCCCAUGAAAUAAUCAUUAUCCCUCACAUGUUUAAACCACCAAAAAUCAAACUUAUUUGAGAAACAUCAUCCAAUGAUAAAAAUGUUGUAAAUGGUUUUCUUUUGUUCACUGUAGAAAAGUGUGAUCAAAUUUAUUGAUUUAUGAUGACUGAGCUUAAAGACCUGUCAUAUAGGAAAAUGUAUUUUGUUAUUUUUCUAGUUAAAUGUAAUUAAUUUAAAGAAACUAAGUGUGAUUACUAUCCAUUAAAUUCUUCAUAAUCCAUCACUAAAAGGAAGAAGGAACAUGUUACAUACCUAAUUUCUAUUUUGAAAUACUUUCACCUCCGCUUGUUUUUGUCACUUAUCACUUAUUUGAAACAUUGUUAAUUCCUUCUUUCACAUAUUUCUCAUCAACAGUAAUAACAGAGAGCAGAAGUGUUGCUGUAAAUGACACUUAUCAAGCAAGUAUCAUCACUAACAGGGAGUCUGAGAAACAAAACUCUUGUAAAAAUGCAACACUCUGCUGACAAGUACAUGUAACACAUUUCAGAAACAAGCUUAAUAAAAGAGUAAAAGUCACCACAUUGCAUAGGAUUUGAAGUCAACAUCCUCAUAACACAAAAUCCAAUCCACCACAGAUUGCUGGGAUCUUGACUGAUGUUCCUGCUUUUUUGAGAACAUAAGAUGAAUAUUUGGCUCCCCCUUAUGGUUUGGUUUAACUGAGCACUACAGAUUAUCCCAACUCCUCACUGAAUUGAUGCACCUGCAGGGAAAAUCUAUCAACUGUCUUUGCUGCUAAGCAGCAAUAACACCAAAGACAAUGGCCACGACUUAGUGAGAAACACAUGAUUUUUUUUUUUCCAAGUAAUGACCUAAUUCUCAGCGUGGAGGGUAAUAUUUUUAUAAAUACUAGAAAGUACUAUUUUGUUUGUUUGUUUACAUCAUGUUUGUUAAGAAAGACCUGUGUCAUAGCUUGUUUGCAAGUAUUUAGGUAUGUCUACUGACAUUUACAAUUAAACCUGUAAGUGUCCACCA